UCCAACACGAAAGCAGAAAAAAGUUCAAAAAAGAAAAAGCAAAAGACAGUUGCAUUGUGCGCAAGCAAAAGACUGAGAAGUGAGAAGGAAAGAAAAGAAAAGUCGAAGAAGAAAAUCAAACUGAGAAAGAAAGAGGGAAGAAUCCAUGGACGUGAUAAAGACGCAGCAGAUAUCGUCUCGGGCGAUAGAGAAGGUUAUAGUGCACCCACUGGUGCUGCUGAGCAUCGUCGACAACUACAACAGAGUCGCCAAAGACACUCGCAAACGCGUCGUCGGCGUUCUUCUCGGCUCCACCCUCAAGGGCACCGUCGACGUCACCAACAGCUAUGCCGUGCCCUUUGAAGAAGAUGACAAGGAUCCUAGCAUCUGGUUCCUUGACCAUAAUUAUCAUGAAUCAAUGUUUUCUAUGUUUAAGAGAAUAAACGGUAUGCAUUUGGCGAAUUUGGUACAUAUUUCCUUUUCAUGUAUCCUUCUUUCAUAUGCACAUAUCUCAUCUAAUAAAAAAUUGAUUUUUAUUCUGUGUUUUUUUCUUGGCUAUUGUUCACCCUUUUCAACAUCUCUUAUGGAUCUAUAUAUUAAUCAAGCUCAACAUUGUUGUUGCAGCUAUGUUCCCAAUCCUGUUUUGGUUAUAAUUGAUGUGGAACCUAAGGAGCUUGGAAUUCCAACAAAAGCUUACUAUGCAGUUGAAGAGGUUAAAGAGAAUGCCACUCAGAAAAGCCAAAAGGUCUUUGUUCAUGUACCAUCUGAGAUUGCUGCUCAUGAGGUUGAGGAGAUAGGAGUAGAACACUUGCUUAGAGAUGUGAAGGAUACAACAAUUAGCACCCUCGCAACAGAGGUGAGUGGAAAACUCACAGCCUUGAAGGGUCUGGAUGCAAGACUUAAAGAGAUAAGGAGUUACCUUGACCUUGUCAUUGAUGGAAAGCUUCCAUUGAACCACGAAAUCCUGUACCAUUUGCAGGAUGUGUUCAACCUGCUACCAAAUCUUAAUGUCUCCGAUCUGAUCAAGGCUUUUGCAGUGAAAACCAAUGAUAUGAUGCUGGUAAUUUACCUCUCAUCCCUCAUCAGAAGUGUAAUUGCACUCCACAAUUUGAUAAAUAACAAGAUGCUUAACAAAGAACAUGAGAGGACAGAAGACUCCAAAUCAGUACCAGUACCAAGUGCAGCUGCAAGUUAGUGUAUGAGGGAUUGUGAUUGGAACUAUAGAGGCUGAUAUUAAUUGAUGAUUUAUUACAUGGCAACUGAGAUUAUUACAUCAUUACCUCCAUUGAUCUUCUGGCGCAUUUCUACUGGGAUUAGUGAAAUACUUGUAAUAUGGAAAAAUGAUCUUAUACUUCUCUUGAGCUUCAUUUAUGUUUUUAUUUAUUUUUUAAUCCCCCUCUCCCUUUGGUACCCUGCUCAGUUCUGGUUUGGGAGCUAUAUUAACAACAUUUGAAGUACUCAAAAACCAUUAACAAACUAUCAGGAUAUUAGAAAUGUACUAUCCACAUGGUAACGAAUUCAUGUAGUGCUGCCGGUUGAAAUUAAGAUUUAUGAAUACACCAUACAAUCCAGGUCGCUGUUUCCUUA